AUGAGCGCCAGCUACAACCCCAAUGUGCCUCCUGGCGCCGAUCCUCAGAUCAUCUUCAAUGUCCUUCCGCCCUCGUCCGGCAGGGCGUACGAGAUACUGCUCAUCAUCAUGUGUCUUUGCCUCGGCGCACUCAUCAUGGAGCUGCUCAAUCACCUUCGCUUUGAUCUUCGCCUCAUGCGCAAGUCCGGUUGGACGGAUCCGGCCAAGCUCAUCUCGCGUCUCGCCUACUUUGUCUGUCGUUACUUGUCGAUCACCAUAUUGAUCUUGAUCAUCUGCUUCAUCACGCUCGAGUCCGACAACUGCACAGCGCUACCUAUGACGUUCAACAUCAUGGGUAUGUUCCUUCUAGAUGCAGUGCUGCUGGUCUUUGUCCAGCGCACCAUGGCACUGUACAAUUGGUCGCACAGCGUCACCAUCCCUUUGUCGGUCUUUUACUGCAUCGUUGUCGUUUCCUCGGUAGUCUGCACCCCUUUCUACGGCGUCGGAUUUCGUAUCCCGCACACCGGGUUCUGUGGAUAUGACACGAGGAGCUACCUCACACGCACUAUCGUGGCAAAUGUCAUCUUCAGGGCACUUGCCAUCUCCCUGGAUACCGUGUUGCUUCUGCUCACCCUGCACCGCCUGCUCGAUGGAGGCCUCAAGGCUGUAUGGCACAAGAAACCUCAACAACUUUUCUCAAGCUUACAUGACAGCAGUCUUUCGGGCUUCUUGAUUCGUCAAGGUUUGCACUUCUUCGUGCUGCAACUCGGUACCGACAUCUUUUUCAUCACCACCUACUUCAGCUUCACCGAAAAUGCCUACAAGGAUCUCGGCACCGCCUUUGCGUUCUCAAUCCCUCCCAUUGUCGCUGCUGCGGCUUUCAGAGAGAUGGGCAAGAAGGCUUCGAUGGUCACAGCCAAGAAGGCAAAAAAAGUCAACGAGAUCAUCAACUCUGCCGACACACCAUCAGGUGGUAUUUCGGUACGUCUCGGUACAGUUGGAGCAAGAAUCUCGGCUGUCGAGCCCAGCGCUAGGGUUCCCACGGUUCUGGCUGAGCCCGGUUCACCUACCGGUGUCAACGCUUUUGUCCUGCAAGCUCGCUCCAAUCCGAGUUUCAGCGGCUCUCCUUCUCCUGGGAAAAUAUCUAGCUCGCGAGUUUCGUGGACGGCAGGACGAAAGAGCAUCAAUCGCUUCCGACCCGAUGCCAUUGCGGCGGAGGAUAGUGGUGUGCUCAUCACCGUCGGCGCGGUCUCGCGCAUUGAUGAUGCUGAUCAGGAAUGGGAGGCAGGUUCGCCGCGCUACUCUUCUGACAACAACGAUCCGGACGCCAUCGAAAUAAGACGUCAAUGGCCAAACCUAGCAGCGCAAGACGCUGCUGGAUCUGAGGCAGUCGCUCAGUCUUACGAUGGUGACGACGUUAAGGAGAAAGACCUGGAACUCGGCGACAGUGGCUUAGAGAGCCUGCACAUACCGAAUCUGCCCAGCUUUCAGACGGUGGCGGGCAACCCUGACCUUACGCAUCUGUACGGCAGCAGCAUCGGAAGCUCUUCGACCUCCUGGCAGCCUUCUUCGCCCGACAGUCCUUAUGCACCAGCACUUCUCUCGCCUAGCGCAUUUUCUCGAAGGCUUCCUCCAUCUACAUCAAACGCGCCGAGUAGCAGAGCCUCCUUUAGAGUGGUAGAGGAAGAAGAGAUCGGACGUGCCUCUGAUACCCAAUGA